AUGUCAGGAAAAGUAGCAUGUCCAUCUGGAAGGGGAGCUGGUAAGAAGACAACCCGUAAAACUAUGUCUAAUUCUACAAAGGCAGGUUUGCAAUUUCCUGUUGGUAGAGUUGCAAGAUAUUUAAAGAAGGGAAGAUAUGCCAAGAGGAUUGGAGCAGCAGCUCCAGUAUAUUUAGCUGCUGUUUUGGAGUAUUUAUGUGCUGAACUUUUAGAAUUAGCUGGUAAUGCUGCUAGGGAUGCAAAGAAGACCCGCAUAACUCCUAGACAGAUUCAAUUAGCUGUUCGUAAUGAUGAGGAACUUAGUAAAUUUCUUGGGAAUGUUACAAUAGCUAGUGGUGGUGUACUUCCAAAUAUUCCAACUGUGUUAUUACCUAAGAAAUCUAAAUCAAAACAAGGUUCUUCUCAGGAAUUCUAG